AUGGAAACAAAACAAUUCGAUGUCAUCAUUGUUGGUGCUGGUAUCUCCGGUAUCAAUGCCGCCUAUCGCAUUCAAACACAACUUCCCAACUACACUUAUACCAUUCUUGAAGCUCGUACCGAUUUAGGUGGUACUUGGGAUCUCUUCAAGUAUCCUGGGAUUCGUUCUGAUUCUGAUCUUUUCACCUUUGGUUUCCAGUUCAAUCCUUGGUUGCGUGAUAAUCCCAUUGCUGAGGGUUCUGCCAUUAAGGAGUAUGUACGAGAGACAGCGACCAAAUAUGGCAUUGACAAACAUAUCCUCUAUAACCACCGCCUAUCAUCUGCAGACUGGUCCUCCAAUGAAAACAAUUGGUCGCUCACUGUCGAUCACAAUGACUCUGAAGAAAUCUACACCGCCCGCUAUGUGAUCUUUGGCACGGGCUACUACAACUACAAGGAUCCCCUGAAUCCUGACAUCCCUGGCCUGGAUGCUUUCCAGGGUCAGAUUGUCCAUCCACAAUUCUGGCCCAAUGACUUCCAAUAUAAGGACAAGAAGAUUGUUAUCAUCGGAUCUGGCGCGACCGCCGUCACUCUCCUCCCCAAUCUCGCCGAUCAUGCCGCCCGUGUCACAAUGCUCCAGCGCAGCCCAACCUAUAUUCUCUCCCUCCCAAACCGAUCAAACAGCCGUUGGCUUUCCUACAUCCUCCCCAAUUCCCUGUAUAUCAGAUUGCAGCGCUUGAUUUACCUCUACACCAAUCGCAUCUUCUUCCUCUUCUGCCAGCGCUUCCCGAAUUUUUCCCGUUGGUUGCUGAAGUUGAAUGUGCGCAAGCAAUUGCCCACCCAUAUCCCCUACGACCCACAUUUCAAGCCCAAAUACAACCCCUGGGAGCAGCGGUUGUGUGUUUGCCCCGAUGGGGAUCUGUUCCAAAGUCUGCGACAGGGCAAGGCGGAUGUCAAGACUGAUACAAUUCGCGAGGUUACAAAGAAUGGUAUUUUGUUGAAUUCUGGCGAGCAACUCGAUGCAGAUAUUAUUAUUACUGCUACGGGCUUGCGCUUGCAGAUUGCUGGUGGAUCGGCCCUGUCUGUGGACGGGAAGAAGAUUGACACCGGGGAGAAAUACCUGUGGAAUGGAGUCAUGCUCCAGGAUGUGCCUAAUGCCGCUUUCGUGAUUGGGUAUACCAAUGCCUCGUGGACUCUCGGUGCGGAUGCUACGGCGCAGUUUGUCUGUCGUUUGCUCAAGGAUCUUGAGUCGCGGAAGUUGAUCGCUGCUGUGCCCCGUCUGAAGGAGACGGAUGCUGCGACCCUUCAGGAGCGUCCUCUCUUGAACCUCAAAUCUACUUAUGUGUCCGUUGCUAAAAGCGUCUUACCUAAGGCCGCUGACCGUGGUCCCUGGCAGCCGCGUGAUCACUACGUGAAGGACAUGAAGUUUGCUCAGGCUGGUGAUAUUGAGACCGGACUGGAGUUUACGCCAGGGCCGAGUCUGCGUCUGCGCUCUAAGAUGUCGUAA